AUGGGUCUCUUCAAGAAUAUGGCCAAGAAUAAAAAGAAGCAUCAAGUCGCCGUGGCAGCAAAAAAGAUGAAGAAAGUCUUCAAAAAGAAAGCAAAACAAGAUGCCGUGAUGGAUCAAGAACAAAUUGCCGAGGUUGUAGGAGCUAUGGAAGUCGAUCAGUCAACAACAGCAACCACCCCAAAGAAAGUGCCGUUCGUUCGCGAAGGCAAAAUAAAAAGAACCCAGCUUCCACUCGUCCCACCAUCGCACAUUAAGAAGGGUUCCCAAAAAACAAAUACGAAGGCUGAGAAGAAAGGAGGAGUUUUGUUUCAGCGACCAUUGACAAAGAAGAAAGCAAGAAAGUUGUUGCGUGAUCAAACAAGGGAGGAAAGAAAUCGUGAAAGAGAAGCAAAUCAAAUGCAACAA